AUGUCAACACCAACUCGAGCCGAGGCCGAGGAUCGGGUGAAGACUGCAGCCUCACCGGUGUCUGUCGGGUUGGUUGGUGAUGAACUUGUCUACCCUCGAUGGUUUGCAGGGACCUGGGCAACAGUGGGCGAGUUGUACAAGGUUGAGACCGGACCGCUGGGGGAAAAUGCUUUGUCAGCAGCUCUGCCGGGAACGCAGGCCGCCAUGCGCAAGAACAACGAUGCCGUUGGCAUGGAAGCAGGCAUCUUCCGAGCACGCCGACGCUGGGCGCCGACGCAGCGCGACUCCCCGGAAGGGGGGCCGGGUGCGCAGGAAGAUCGCGGGGGGCUGCCGGCUGGGGCCGCAGCAGCAGCCUAUGCUGUGGGCGGUCCAGCCCCAAGACUGAAACCGAAGACGGAGGGGGUUUGGGAAGUCGCAGGGAGAUGGCAGAUGAAAGCCGCUGGAGCAGUCGCUCGGGCAGACCCAGAGAUUCCUGGUGGGUUACGUGUUUCCGAGCUCUUCGAGCUUCGUCCUUUAGACCAGGACAAGGUUUCGGCGGCAGUUCGUGUUGUCACUAUCUGGAGAGAGGCAAAGACCGAUGGCUCAGAGCAAUUGCAGUUAGACCUGCGGGACAUCGGAGAGUUUGACAAGACCCGCGGCAGACUACUUCAGGCUGUGCAGGUGGUGUACCUGUUACCAGAGCCAUCCUCUCCCAGUGAUAAGAAUUUUGGCAGUGUAACGACACGUUUCGCAUACAGUCCAAUCCGCGGCUAG